AUGUCCACCUACUUCCAGUACCCGACCCCUGAGGUCCAGGAGGAGCUCAGGAAGAUCGCCCAGGCCAUAGUCGCCCCCGGCAAGGGAAUCCUCGCUGCAGACGAGUCCACGGGUACCAUGGGCAAGCGUCUGCAGGACAUCGGUGUGGAGAACACCGAGGAGAACCGUCGCAAGUAUCGCCAGAUGCUCUUCAGCACAGACCCCGCCGUCUCAGAGAACAUCUCGGGCGUGAUCCUGUUCCACGAGACCUUAUACCAGAAGGCGGACGACGGCACUCCCCUGGUGUCGCUGCUGGAGAAGCGUGGCAUCAUCCCCGGCAUCAAGGUCGACAAGGGUGUUGUGCCACUCUUCGGCUCCGAAGACGAGUGCACCACUCAGGGCCUCGACGACCUGGCCCAGCGGUGCGCCCAGUACAAGAAGGACGGCUGCCACUUCGCCAAGUGGCGGUGCGUGCUCAAGAUCGGCCGCAACACGCCCUCCUACCAGGCGAUCAUGGAGAACGCGAACGUGCUCGCCAGAUACGCCUCCAUCUGCCAGAGCCAGCGCAUCGUGCCCAUCGUCGAGCCGGAGGUGUUGCCCGACGGUGAACACGACUUGGACCGCGCCCAGAAGGUGACGGAGGUGGUUCUUGCUGCGGUGUACAAGGCCCUCAAUGAUCACCACGUGUACCUCGAGGGUACACUCCUCAAGCCCAACAUGGUGACCGCUGGCCAAUCUUGCAAGAAGACCUACACCCCAAUGGACAUCGGACGCGCGACCGUCACAGCUCUGCUCAGAACCGUUCCAGCUGCCGUUCCCGGCGUGACCUUCCUCUCCGGCGGGCAGUCCGAGGAGGAGGCGUCCGUGAACCUGAACGCGAUCAACACGGUGGACCUGAAGCGGCCGUGGGCGCUCACGUUCAGCUACGGGCGGGCGCUGCAGGCGUCCGUGCUGCGCGCGUGGGGCGGCAAGCCGGAGAACGAGCCCGCCGGCCAGCAGGAGCUGCUCAAGCGCGCCAAGGCUAACGGCCAGGCGUCCCAGGGCAAAUACGUGGCUGGAUCCGUCACAGGUGUGGGCGCUGAGGCCGGUCUAUUCGUUGCUAACCACGCAUAC